CAUAUUAAAACCCUAAUCUUCAACCUCAAUGCUUUUACUGUGGAGCUAGGGUUCGUGGCCUUCAAAUUGGAUAUAGAACAAAUUUCAUCCGAUUGAACUCACAGCUACUCCGCCAUGGGUCGUAUGCAUAGCAGAGGUAAAGGUAUUUCUGCAUCAGCUCUGCCUUACAAGAGAUCUGCCCCUACCUGGCUCAAAAUCUCGUCUCAAGAUGUUGAGGAGAGUAUUUGCAAAUUCGCGAAGAAAGGAUUGACACCGUCACAAAUCGGUGUGAUUCUUCGUGACUCACAUGGUAUUGCUCAGGUGAAAAGCGUUACCGGCAGCAAAAUCCUUCGCAUUUUGAAGGCUCACGCUCUUGCGCCCGAGAUUCCUGAGGAUCUGUACCAUUUAAUCAAGAAGGCUGUGGCCAUCAGGAAGCAUUUGGAGAGGAACAGGAAGGAUAAGGAUUCAAAGUUCAGGUUGAUUUUGGUUGAGAGCAGGAUUCACCGCUUGGCCCGUUACUACAAGAAGACCAAGAAGCUUCCACCUGUGUGGAAAUAUGAAUCGACCACGGCCAGCACCCUUGUUGCUUAAGCUGAGAAGCCCUGAUGAGAGCAGGGGAGGUGUAGCUAUUUUUAGUCAACAUCGGAAAAACCAUUUUGUAUUUUGGCAAAGCGAAUUGUUGAUUUGGAAUUUUGUUCUUUUUAUUCGACAGAUUUUUUUACUCAUGGUUGGAACUCAA